AUGGCUGCGCACGAGACGGCAAUACUGGCGCAGUUCUCCCGGCUGUGUCUCGACAAGGGUCUACUGCAGGUCUGCGACGAUGUGAAAGAUGGCGAUCGCGCGGAUGGGAUUGCCGACGAGACAACUCUUCGAGAGAAUCAGAUCGAACCAAGCAGGCGCUUUCUGCAGGCCAGACGAAUGGACCUCCCGAGCGCUCUCGGCCAGUUUGAAGAAGCUAUCCAGUUCCGCCGUGAGAAGGAUGCGCUCCGGGUAUAUGACCGGAUCAGUGUCGACGAUUUUGAACACACUCGCAAACUGUAUCCGCACUGGACGGGUCGUCGAGACAAGCAGGGAUCGCCCAUCGUAAUGCUUGAAACAGUCCAUCUGGACCAAAAGGCCAUUACGCACUGGCAUCAGACACGACAACUGUCUGGCCAAAGCAGUUCACCGGACAUGGAACAGCGAGCUCUAGCCUAUUUCGAUUAUCUCACCCGGUUUGUCUUUCCACUGUGCUCCGCAUUGCAAGACAGACCGCUGCCAUCGGAGCCGGUAACAAAGGCGAUCUAUCUGAUCGAUGGAUCCUCUAUCUGUCUGCGCCAGGCCUGGAAUCUCCGAGAUUUCUCGCAGGAUGUUAGCUGGAUCUUAGCCACUUGCUAUCCGGAAACAAUCGAUCGGAUAUUUGUAAGUGAGAGAGUCAUUGGACCAUGGGCCUUCGGGCUGACCUGCGUACAGCUCUGCAAUCCUCCGUCAUACUUCCCCAAGAUGUGGAGUAUGCUGAAGAAGUUUAUCGACCCGGUGACUGCUGAGAAGAUUGUCAUGUUGGACCCAGCGGAUGUCUAUGGCACCCUCAACAAGUACAUCCAUCAUGACAAUAUUCCUGUCCAGUUCGGGGGCGCAUUCGAGUUUACGCACGGGAUGCUGCCGGACUUGUGUCCCGUUACUCGUCAAACUUUACGCUGGUCCCCUCCGUUCAAUGGCACGUUCCCUCCGGGCCCGAUCAAGUGGACGGAGCAUGCUCGUGGCCAGAUAAAAGCAGUGGCUAUUGGAACGGUUGAUGGGGUGGAGAGGGGAUUCGAUGUUGCCACGUUGGACAUUGAGGAAGAGAAAUGA